AGCCGUUUCGAGUGGGAGGCUCAACGCCGACGGCCACGCGGCAUCUAGUGUAUAUUCGGCAGGGUUUUUACCUGAUUUGGUUUUGCAGUCAUGCCGAACUUCACAACGGAGCAGAUCCGAAACAUCAUGGACUUGACGGACUCGAUCCGUUCCAUGUCUGUCAUCGCGCACGUGGACCACGGGAAAUCCACACUGACGGAUUCGCUCAUUUGCAAGGCCGGCAUCAUCUCAGCAAAAGCAGCAGGCGACGCACGCUUCACCGACACAAGGGCAGACGAGCAGGAACGUGGCGUGACCAUCAAAAGUACCGGAGUAUCUCUGUAUUUCGAAUAUGAUGAUGAGGAUGGCAAGGGCGCCAAGCCGCAUUUGAUCAACCUUAUCGAUUCCCCUGGCCACGUGGAUUUCUCUUCUGAGGUCACAGCCGCCCUCCGUAUCACCGACGGUGCCAUGGUCGUUGUCGAUUGCAUUGAGGGCUGCGCGGUGCAGACGGAGACCGUGCUGCGCCAGGCCCUGGCGGAGCGUGUGAAGCCGUGCUUGUUUGUGAACAAGGUGGAUCGUUGCAUUUUGGAGCUGCAGAUGGAGCCCGAGGACAUGUAUCAGCGUUUCCGCAAGGCCAUUGAGGAUGUAAACGUGAUCAUCGCAACAUACAACGACGAGCUGAUGGGAGACAACCAGGUGUCCCCUGACAAGGGCACGGUGGCCUUCGGGAGCGGUCUACAUGGAUGGGGGUUCAACGUGGAGCGCUUCGCGAAGAUCUACGCUGCGAAGAUGGGAGUCGACAAGGACAAGAUGAUGAAGCGCCUGUGGGGCGAGUCCUUCUUCAACGCCAAGAAGAAGACCUGGACCAACGUCAUGCAGCCCGAGGGGUGCGACAAGCCGUUGCCUCGAGCCUUCUGCCAGUUUAUCAUGACCCCGAUCAACCAGCUGAUGCGCGCGAUUAUGGACGACCAGAAGGACAAGUACUCGAAGAUGAUGGAGACGCUCGGCAUCGUCCUCAAGGGCGAUGACAGGGCCCUCACCGGCAAGCCCCUGAUGAAGCGCUCGAUGCAGAUUUGGAUCAACGCAGCCGACACACUCCUCAACAUGAUCGUCUCCAAGCUGCCGUCGCCUCGUCAGGCGCAGAAGUACCGCGUGGAGAAUCUGUACGAGGGACCCAUGGAUGACGCAGCCGCGAAUGCAAUCCGCGCAUGCGACAAAGAUGGAGGGCUGAUGAUGUACGUGUCUAAGAUGGUGCCCACCAGCGACAAAGGCCGCUUCCACGCCUUCGGCCGCGUCUUCAGCGGCACCAUUGCGACCGGGCAGAAGGUGCGAAUCCAGGGCCCGCACUACACGCCUGGAAGCAAGGAGGACCUGAAUGUUAAGAGCAUCCAGCGCACCGUGCUGAUGAUGGGCAGGUCCGUCGAGCAGAUCGCCGAUGUCCCUUGCGGCAACACCGUUGCCCUGGUGGGUGUUGACCAGUACCUUCUGAAGUCUGGAACCAUUACCACCAUCGAAGAUGCCCACAACAUCGCCGACAUGAAGUACAGCGUGUCGCCCGUGGUCAAGGUGGCUGUGAAAGUGAAGGAUGGUAAGGAUUUGCCCAAACUCGUUGAGGGUCUCAAAAAGCUCUCCAAGUCCGAUCCGCUCGUUGUCUGCACGACCGAGGAGAGCGGGGAACACGUGAUCGCUGGCUGUGGCGAGCUGCACGUCGAGAUCUGCCUUAAGGACCUCCGCGAGGAGUACGCACAGUGUGACUUCAUCGUCUCCGACCCCGUCGUUUCCUACCGUGAGACCGUCUCCGAAACAUCCACGCAGACCGCUUUGGCCAAGUCGCCGAACAAGCACAACCGUAUCUACUUGGAGGCUGAGCCGAUGGCCGAGGAGAUCAGCAAGGACAUCGAGGACGGGAAGCUUGGCCCCAAGGCGGAUGCGAAGGAGCGCGCGAAAGUCUUCCGUGAGAAGUACGACUGGGACGAAUCCGCGGCGCGCAAGAUUUGGUGCUGGGGUCCUGAGACCGAGGGCGCUAAUGUUGUUGUUGACGUCACGCAGGCAAUCCAAUACCUCUUGGAAAUCAAGGAGCACGUCAACAGCGCCUUCCAGUGGGCCACCAAAGAGGGCCCCCUGUGCGAGGAGAACAUGCGCGGCAUCCGCUUCAACCUCACAGACUGCACCCUGCACACCGACUCCAUCCACCGCGGCGCAGGGCAGAUCAUGCCGCCCACGCGCCGCGCGUGCUUCGCGGCGGAGAUGCUCGGCAAGCCGACGCUGCAGGAGCCCGUCUUCCUCGUGGAGAUCACGUGCCCCCAGGAGGCCAUGAGCGGCGUGUACAACUGCAUGAACCUGCGCCGCGGCUGCGUGUUCGAGGAGAACCCUCGCGAGGGCACGCCGCUCAUGCAGGUCAAGGCGUACCUGCCGGUGUCGGAGUCCUUCGGCUUCGUCUCUGCGUUGCGGCAGGCGACCUCGGGUCAGGCUUUCCCCCAGUGCGUCUUCGAUCACUGGGAGAACAUGCCAGGCAAUGCCAUGGAGGUGGGGAGCAAGAUGAAUGAGCUGGUCCUGGCCGUUCGAAAGCGCAAGAACAUCAAGGUCGAAAUCCCGGCCCUCCACGACUACCUGGACAAGCUCUGAGCGGGCACGGAAGCUGCUCAGGCGAGGGGGGCGGCCGAGGGAGCCGCGCAUUUGUCACAACCCCCUACGCAGAGAGCAUCUUGGAAGGGACGGAUCUUUAUGGUGGUUUCGAGAGCUUCACGCGUGGUUGGGCCCCUCGAGCCCGGCCUUUGGGCUUUGGUCGCGUUCUAGAGCUCCUUGUUGGGAGGAGAGUCGGAGGGUGCCAACUAUACACCUGCACCGAUUCUGACCAUGCCCAUCCUGGGCCCUGGAUAGAUUUCCCCCUUCUGCGUCCUCGCCGUCGUCGUCCUCCUCCUCCACUUCCUCUCCUGCUCUCUCCGUCCUGGAGUGUCUCUUCCGCUCUGACCUCGAAGCCACCUCUGCAGGCGUUUGUCACCAUGAUCCUCCAUUCUCUCCUCUUCUCCUCCUCGUCGUCGUUCUCCUCCUCAUCCUCUUCCUCAUCCUCCAGGGUGAACCGCAGCUGCGCGACCGCGGCGCAGAAUGCGCACGGAGCCUCUGUCGAGGACCUUGCGAGCGCCAUCUUCCACGUCAUCGACUCUGCGGCGGCCGGCGCGUUUGGGGUCCACCGAGAUGGAGAGCCAGGCAACGCUCGCGACGACACCGGGGCGCAGAUGUAGCUGGAGCGCAUGUACCACCGCUUCCGAGAGGCCUCAUCCCAAGCUCUAGCAGUACUGAACCUGUACAUCGCGCGUGGCAGCUUAUCUUCCAGCCUCCCUCUCUGGCGCAGGCCCGGGAGGGAGGGCGUACCGUGUCGGAAGGCCACGCCCCGUGCACGACUCGAAGGCCUGCCGUGGUGGGAGGACGGGCCGGCCGCACGGGGGAGGGUGCGUGCCGCCCCCAGGGGUGCCGACAUGCCCCGUCUUCGCGCACCGCGGCUGGGGCUGUCGAGACGCCCGUCUGCAGCGCGGCGUCGCACGGGUGCGAUGAACAUCGCGGUGGGCGCACCACGGGGCGCGAUGCCCGAAGUUGGGUGGACCGAGGAGGGCGGAG